UGGUCCAGACGUCAAUACUGAGUCUGUGCAACAAUAACAAUAACAGUCCUUCCGCGGACAACUGUGAUGUGGAUUCCCAGUUUGAAGGCACCCGCCGCGAAUGUCGGCCACGAACCGAAGCUGGCCAUAACAGAGCUGUUGAUCGGCCACGCUGGCCAAUUGACUCGUUUUACUUAUCUCGUUAUCCAGUCCAGUCUUUUCCGACUUUGCGCGCUGUUUGGAGCCACUGUGACAUAGAAACAGUAACUGUUGAUAUGAAUGCUGCGCUGACACAAUGAAAAUCACGCAGCCCGUCGCCUGUAGCCACUGAACUGGGGAAGCUGACGGAACGUGAACAGUUUGCGGAGUUUGUGAGGCAGCUUCAAGCACGCUAUGUCCAGCAGCGGGAAGCAGCUGUUCAAGCUAUCUGUUCCCGUAGACGUCAGGCAUCGUGCCUUCCUGAUAGGGCACAAGGGCAAGCGGAUCAACAAGCUGCGCGAGGAGUGCAACAAUGUUCUCAUCAUCAUCCCAAAGCCGGACAAGCCCAGCGAAGCAGUCGAGAUCGCUGGUGCAGAGAAAGAUGUGAAGAAGGCGGCAAGCAAGAUCAAGGCCGUGUGUAAGGCCGUGAGUGACAGUGAGGUGACGACGACAGUGCCGUUGCCCGAUGAGACGCAGGAUGACCUACUGGCGCCGGAGAGCGCUCUGUUCCAGCAGCUUUGCCAUGAGUACUGCUGUCGCGUGGAAGUGAGCAAGAGCAGGGAUGCUGUUCAACUGGCUGGGACAAGUGAGAACGUAGCAAAGGCCAAGGCAGCCAUCGACUAUGCCCUUGGCGGUGUCAAUACAUCCAGUCUGGAGGAGGCGCCAUCUCAACCAACCACUUCGGAACCACAGGACUGUAGCGUGGAGACGUUCUCGAUAUGCAAGCAGUUGACUGUCGCGCUGUACGGAUACAAUCGCAAACUGCUUCGCUUCAUCAGCUCAGAGUGUGAACACAUCAAGAUCUCAAUAAAUGCUACAAAUGAGGUCAGCCUUUCGGGCUCAGUGGACGGAAUCGCGUACGCCAAGGACCAGUUGCAGAAGCUGAACGAGGACUUGGACAGCAUCACCAGUGUGCAGACCAUAGCAGUCAAAGCGCCGUGCCACAAGUUCCUCUUGAGUUCGUACGGCGUGCACAGCAAGCUGCAGCGGCAGAAGCUCGGUGUGCGCAUCAUCCUGCCGGACAGCACCGAUACAAACCGCGACCUCAUCUACAUCUUUGGCAGGAAGAAGGAUGCACAGGACGUGAAGAAGCUGGUGGAGGACGUGGCCGUGAAGCUGUCCAAGCAUUACCGUCAGAGCAUUCCUGUGCCAGCGGAGUACACCAACCGGUUCACGGAAAUGCGGGGCAAGGUGCUGAAACAAGUCACCACCGACAUCGGCUGCGGUGUACAUCUGCACCUGGAAGGUGGCCAGAGCGCGGAGCACCUUUCCCUGCGCAACAUCGUCUUCAGCGGUCCAACCGUGUGCUUCCGUGCUGCAGAGGAGAAGAUCAGCGACUUGGUCGGACAAUAUGACUCCUUCCGAACUCAAGUAUGCAAGGUACCAUUUGAGCUGUUUGACUCUGUGAAAGGUCCCAAUGAUGCGUACAUACAACAGCUGAUGGAGGAUUACGAUGUCAAGAUUGUCUUUCCUCCGCCACAGCCACUGAGGAGAAAACGCCGUCUCAUGGAUCACGUGGGAGAUGUGAAAGUUUCUGGCCAGGUGGGGGAUGUGGAGAGGGCCUGUGAUGAAUUAAUGGCUGCUGUUCCGGUAUGCCGGGAGGUACGCGUACCCUUGGAGUAUUAUUCCUUCUUUGCUGGACACAAGUCGUCCUACCUUGACCAGCUGAAGGAGGAGUUCCAGGUUGUGAUCAAGGUCAAGCCGGCAGAAGAACUCUAUGGAAUUAUUGUUGUGAUUGGCCCAGAAGAUGAUGUCAUUAGCUGUUGCCAGUACAUUGAACAGCAGGUCGGUCUGCUCGCUCAGGAACAGAAUCAUAGAGAGAAGCUACGGUUUAGCAUGACCAUCGACGUGGACAUUCAGUACCAGAAGAAACUCAUAGGCAAGAAGGGAUCGCGGUUACGGCAGAUCUGCAGCAAGUUCCACAUUGACAUCACCAUGCCGCCGAAAGGAGACGACACGUCCACCACCGUUCUGCUGCAGGGCUACGAGGAGAGGUGUCGCAAUGCCGCCGCAGAGAUUGAACGAAUCUUGGAAGACAUGGAGGAUCGCACUACUGCUCUGGUGGAUACGAUCCCUGGAGAGUUCCACCGCAAGCUCAUCGGCCAUCAGGGCCGCAACAUCCGUUCCAUCAGCGACAAGUUCCGUGUGGACAUCAAGGUUCCGAAGAGCAACACAGACGGUCCGAUCACAAUCACAGGCAGGUCACAGGGUGUGAAGAAGUGUGCAGAGCACAUUCAGAGUCUCGCCGAACAGCACGAAAAGGCUGCGGAAGAAGAUCAGGACACUAAGGAGCUGAUGAAACUGUACAUGUACAAGAAACCUGCACCGUCCAUCUCCGACAUCUUUGAGCUAGACUCUCCCAAGACGGAACCAGGACUAAAACGAAAGGAAUCACCAUCCACUUCCAGCAGCAGCAGCAGCAGCACGAGCAAUGGCAGUGGCAGCAGCAAGACUGUUGGUGUUCGCAUUGAUGGUGGAAGCAGCGGCAGCGGCACCAGUGGAUUUGUUGUUAGCGAUGCGCCCUGGAGUCCAAAGGCCUGUGGCGAGGCGAGUACGAACGACAAGAACUCACCAACGACACCGACAUGGCCACAUCGUCAGGGAGAAACUAGCCGGGCAUAGCAGCAGCCAAUAGGCAAUGGUGAUAUUGGACAGUACACCAGUAUUGAGCAGAUUUCUAUAACAGUAUACUUUAACAUUACUUAUGACCUAGCAAAUUAACAAACUUAGAAGUUGCGACUUCAUCACUAACAGAUUAAUUACGAACGUAAACUGAUAGCGACAUUGAACACUGAGUUCGCGUAGUAGGGUACUGUUUGAGAACAGCUCAGACAACA